UGUGUGUGUGUGUGUUAGUGUGUGCGCGAGUGUGAGUGUGUCCGUGCGUGCGCAAGCCAGAGGAAAAUGUGAGCCUCGGAGCUCGCGCCGCGGACCCAGCCGGCGCUGCGCUGAAGAGAGACAGACAGACAGACAGACAGACAGACAGACAGACAGACAGGCAGUUCCAUUUUUUAAGAGACUCCGAAGUUAAGGCCCGGCCGUGGCCGCUGGGGUCGGGAUGGCGCCCAUGCUGUCGGCACCGGGGGACUAGGGAAGCGUCCGCGGGCGCGAGCUCGUCCUGGUGCACUGUCUGGGAGGGGCGACUCCUUCUGGAAGCCACUGAGCGGAGCCGCAGGGAGGGGGAGCUGUGCAGCCGCGGUCGCUGCGCUCAGUAUGGAGAGAGGGCGGAGGGCGUGACCGUGCGGUGCGAUCCACGCGGACGCCCGCGGAGCCCGAGGCGCAACUGGUGCGAGGCGGCUGCAGCGUCGCUCGGGCGGGCCGCUCGCCCCCGGGUGGCUUUGCCAGGCGGGGCGGCGAGUGCGCAGGGCCGGGCCUUUGCAUGAAGCCGCUGGACCCUUCGGAGCAGCAGCGGCAGCAGCGGCGGAGCCCGGCGCUUCGCGGUCCGAGGCGGGCGGCCCCGGGGUCCACGUCCUGGUGCCUGCGCGGCUGCGGACUCCCCCAUGGGCUGCAGCUGAGGCUGCCCGCGGCGGCCGGGCGCGGGGCGGGGGGCGCGGUCCAGGCCCGGAGGCGGCGGCGCCGGAGGAAGCGCAGGAGGCCGGGCCCGGGAGGCGGGCAGCGCUGCGCCACAGCCCCGGGCUCGCCAUGCUCCUGGCCUCGGCCGUGGUGGUGUGGGAAUGGCUGAACGAGCACGGCCGCUGGCGUCCCUACAGCCCGGCCGUCAGCCACCACAUCGAGGCGGUGGUGCGCGCGGGUCCCCGCGCCGGGGGCAGCGUGGUACUGGGCCAGGUGGACAGCCGGCUGGCGCCCUACAUCAUCGACCUGCAAUCCAUGAACCAGUUCCGUCAAGACACGGGGACUCUACGUCCAGUCCGCCGAAACUACUACGACCCGUCCUCGGCGCCUGGGAAGGGUGUGGUGUGGGAGUGGGAGAAUGACCAUGGUUCCUGGACACCCUAUGACAUGGAAGUGGGCAUCACCAUCCAGCAUGCCUAUGAGAAGCAGCACCCCUGGAUUGACCUCACUUCCAUCGGCUUCAGCUACAUCAUUGACUUCAACACCAUGGGUCAGAUCAACAGGCAGACCCAGCGCCAACGCCGCAUCCGCCGCCGACUAGACCUCAUCUACCCCAUGGUCACCAGCAGUAUGCCUAAGGCUCAGUCCUGGCCAGUCAGUCCUGGAACAACCACCUCCCCCCCUGCACCGCCCUGUUCCUGUCCACAAUGUGUUUUGGUGAUGAGUGUCAAGGCUGCUGUGGUCCAUGGGCGCACUGGGCCCCUUCAGCCUCCAGGAACACGCAAGAACAUGGCUCCCUCUGGAGUGGGCAAGCUGCCCCCACCACCCGGCCCUGGGGCAAAGCCACUAGACUCUGCAGGCACCAUCCGGGGCCCAGGGAAGACUGCCCCAUCCCAGGUGAUCCGCAGACAAGUCUCUAAUACACCAGCUGGGGCAACCGUAGGCUCCCCCACCAGCCCACAAGGAAGCAACAGGAAGACUGGAAGGGUGGCUCUGGCCACUUUGAAUCGGUCCAACCUGCAGCGACUGGCCAUUGCCCAGUCCCGGGUGCUGAUUGCCUCGGGGGUCCCCACUGUGCCUGUAAAAAACUUGAAUGGGUCCAGCCCUGUCAACCCUGCCUUGGCAGGAAUCACCGGGAUCCUCAUGAGUGCAGCGGGACUGCCUGUGUGCCUCACAAGACCACCGAAGUUGGUCCUCCACCCACCCCCUGUCAGCAAGAGUGAAAUAAAGUCUAUCCCAGGGGUCUCUAACACAAGCCGCAAGACCACCAAAAAACAGGCCAAGAAAGGUAAAACCCCAGAGGAAGUACUAAAGAAGUAUCUGCAGAAGGUCCGACACCCCCCGGAAGAGGACUGCACCAUCUGUAUGGAGCGUCUCACAGCGCCCUCUGGCUACAAGGGCCCACAGUCUACAGUCAAGCCUGACUUGGUGGGAAAGCUGUCCAGGUGUGGCCACAUCUACCACAUCUACUGCCUGAUGGCCAUGUACAACAAUGGGAACAAGGAUGGGAGUUUACAGUGUCCAACAUGUAAGACCAUUUAUGGUGUCAAGACAGGCACCCAGCCUCCAGGAAAGAUGGAAUACCACCUCAUCCCCCACUCCCUGCCUGGCCAUCCGGAUUGCAAGACCAUCCGGAUUAUCUACAGUAUCCCGCCUGGCAUUCAGGGACCAGAACACCCAAAUCCUGGGAAGAGCUUCAGCGCCCGUGGCUUCCCACGGCAUUGUUACCUUCCAGACAGUGAGAAAGGGAGAAAGGUUCUGAAGCUGCUUCUGGUGGCCUGGGAUCGACGUCUCAUCUUUGCCAUUGGAACCUCCAGUACCACGGGCGAGUCUGAUACUGUCAUCUGGAAUGAGGUGCACCACAAGACAGAAUUCGGUUCUAAUCUCACUGGCCAUGGCUACCCAGAUGCCAAUUAUCUGGAUAAUGUGCUGGCUGAACUAGCUGCCCAGGGUAUCUCUGAAGACAGCGCUGCCCAGGAAAAGGACUGAGGUGGGAGGGUACUGGGGACUGCUGAGGAGUCAUGGUGGAAGUCGAUGCCGUGCCUCCUGACUCCCUCAUUUCCCUUCUGGUUCUGUCUCCACUCGUCAACUCUCUCAGUCACAGAGGGAGCUAGAUUAAAGUGAUGUCAUUCAUAAAUUUUUUCCAACACAAGCAGGAUGUGGGAUGAGGGCCACCCCCCACACACUUGUCCCCAUGGAGUUUUCAGUGCUGGGCAGGUAAGAACCUGCACCUCUGCCUUCCCUUAAGUAGGGGAUGUGCUCAGCACACUUAGGAAUGGGCAGUGUUGAAGCAUGGAGUUUUCAGUGCUGGGUAGGUAAGAACCUGCACCUCUGCCUUCCCUUAAGUAGGGGAUGUGCUCAGCACACUUAGGAAUGGGCAGUGUUGAAGCAUGGAGUUUUCAGUGCUGGGUAGAUAAGAACCUGCACCUCUGCCUUCCCUUAAGUAGGGGAUGUGCUCAGCACACUUAGGAAUGGGCAGUGUUGAAGAACUCUACCCUGGCCUUGUGCAGCUGAGAUCCCUUGCCUCAGCUGGCUUCUUGCUGCUUCCACUCCGCUUUGAGAGCAGAGUUUCUGCUUUUCUCUUUUCCUCUACUGGAGUCAGGGAGCUCUCACUGUGCAAGAUUGGGGAGAGCGGUGUAGACUGCUGUGACAUCAGAAAUGGGAUGCCUUGGUGUAGAGGAAGGAAGCAGUUCAUGCUCAGAGGGUCAGUGUCAAAAGCCUCUGAGAGCAUGUUCAGCUCUCAUUAUUGUCCCUGGCCUCUCUGGGCCCUCCCCUCCUCCUGUCAUUGACCUGUCCAUAGACAUCUGGUUUUCUCAAGUGGAUGGAAGGACUCAGGGAUUCCCCUUUGGGGUGGCAUCCCGUGAUGCUGUUUCCAACCCCUCUCUGAUCCAACCAGAGCCUGCAUCCCACUGAGCAUCUGUACUAUCCUCAGGGAGAGGAGCCCACAGCCUUCUUCCCAACUCAUCUCAGACUAGCUCAGUUUCAUGAAGUCACUGUGAGUUGGAGCCCAUCCUGGGCUCUGUGUCAUCUGUGUCUGUGCCUAUGUUUGUGUGGGUAUGUGUGCAUCCCUGGGCUAGGUUGUUGGGAAAGUCCCAUCAUGUCCUUGAGUUCUGUUUCACAUGCCACAUCUCAGUUCUGUUGGGGAUCUAAUAGUAAAGGUGUGGCCCUUUGAUUUUUCUCACCCUUUGCUAGCUCAUCUCAUGAUAAACUUGGACCCUGAUGUGCACAGACCUGCACUUGGGAAGAUGUGUUGAUGUGAGAGCUAUGUUGACCUUUCUCUUUCUUAUUGAUAUGAGAUUAGAGCCAACCACCAUCCAGUCUUGUUUGUAUGAGAGCUCAAUUCAGAUUUGCUAAUUCAAGGCCAGAGAUGUUACUGGUCCCCCUUUCUCCACACCCCAUCUAGUAGAGACUGACCAAAUGCAGGUGAUGGAAACCUCUUUAGUUCAUGGUUAGAAAUGCAUUCUAGUCUUCUCUAACCUGUAUCUGGGUGUUGUGACAAGAUCCAGUGUAUCCCCAAUAUCUUCUCAUCUUUGGCUCCAUGAAAGAAUGGUGUUUGGUAAAAGAGAAUGAAAAUCAAGAAGGGAAACCAAUUUCUCCUUUGGAAGUGGGUUCUUUGACUGUGUUUGGGAAAAGUGUCUCUGGAUACUAAUUUGAAUUUAUGUACCUCAUGUUUUGAGGGUUUGACAUAUAUAUGUGUACAUAUAUAUGCAUAUAUAUACAUGAAUAUAUACAUAUGCAUAUAUUGUUCAUAAGAUUUUAAAGGUUUUGACUCUUGAAGGAAUAAAAGAGAGGGGGGAAUAAAAGAACCUUGCACAAGGUACUUGAGUUAGAACUGGAGUCCACACUUUCACAACUCCCUGCUCUUUUGGGGCCUCCAGCAUUGUCAAUAUUGCUGUGGCCUAUGGAAUCACUCCAGUGCUCCCCAACCAGUUCCCUGGAACAUGCUGGUGCUGAAUCUUCUUUCACUCUACAAAUGGCUAAUGGAACUUUAAUUGCUUCCCACUAGGGGGAGCUGUGGUAGGAGAAAAUGUUCUGCCAUCUUAGUCCAAGAUGGGAGGCCAUUUUGCCUCACUAGCAGACCAGGAGACUGCUGAGGUCCUUGAGCCAUGGGGAAAGCUUCUACCACAAUAGAGAAAGAAAUGUCAGAACUAAAUGGAAGGCAUAUGUCAUGGAAUUAAAAGUCACGUCCAUGUCUCUUGUCAGGCUAACACAUUUCAGAAAUUAUCAGAGCCCCACUGAGGGCUUGCAGUCAUUUUUGCCUUCAGUGCCCCGCAUCUUGGCAACAGGGAUGAGAAGAUACAUGGGAGCCCAUGGGCAGGAAAAGGAGGCAGUGGGAAGCAAAGGAAUGAAAAUGGGCUCCCGAGAUGUGGGAAUGGGCAGCAGGGUACAGUCUCACAAGGCAGAGGAAAGGGUAGCCCAAGUCAGAAGAAAUAGGACCCAAGUGGACAUCUAAGGGGGUGAUUGUUCUUGGAAAAAACAAAACAAAGCAAAGCAAAAGAAUAUUUUGAGAGUUAGUCUUCAUGCCUUCAAGAAUUUCCACAGAGGACUUUGAAAUGUCUAUGCCCCAUUUCCUUCUUCUCUGCGGAUGCUCUGAGGGGCUACCUCAUCCUCGUCUUUCACUCUUUCAACUUUCUGGGCUUUAGGAACCUGGGAAUUCUCAACAGUGUACUACUGUCAGUCAAAGCGAUGGCUAGUACCUUGCUCUUCCUCUUGUGCCAACACAGAAAGACACAGAAUUGAUUUUGGUGAGAUUGGACACUGGGCACCUGCUACUUUGACCCAGGGUGCUUCCCCAAGAGAAGCCCCAGUGUGCCUUGCUGGGCCAAGCAGGGUCACCAUGCUUUUCCUUUCCUGCCUCAGCGCCAGCGGCUCUGUUCUCCCGCUCUGAGACUCCAGGGAUGCCAAUGGGAUUGGAGACACACCUUGUGAGAUGCUCAUCCCUUGAAGUUAUGUGCUGUAUCUGUGGCUGUCUGUGCCUUUGUGCUUCCAUUCCCCUCUCCUUAUGUAAGAUUCAGAGUUCUCUGUGGUUUUAAACUUGGUCAAAGGUACGUGUCCUGGUACUACAGUGUUGCGUGCAUGAGAGGUUUGGGAGAAGGCUGGCAUGGCUCAAGAGACAACCACUGCCCCCUUUGCUUGUUGGUGGCCACUUACAUCUCACAGGGGGUUUCUGGGAGAGGGCUGGUCAAUGUCCAGAUGUCAGGUGUUCUGUUUGUAACUGCUGUGAUCUCAAGUUCUUGGUGUUGUUCUAUGAGAGGACAUCGCCCCCUGGUGCUCAUGAGGUGUAUGUGCAGAACAAUAAAUGCAAAUGAACAAGCACAAA